AAGGGCGGUACCCGGCACUCCGAGCCUCCUGGUUCGCUCCGGACGCGAUGGCUUUGACUACCUGGGCUCUCGGCCCCGCGCUGCGGCUCUGUGCCGCCGGCCCUGUCUGCUCCUGGGAGAUGCUGCACGUGGCCGGAGCAGGUGUGUGUGGCUGCUGCGGCGCCCUGCGUCCUCGCUACAAAAGACUCGUUGACAACAUCUUCCCUGAGGACCCAGAGGAUGGGCUGGUGAAGACCAACAUGGAAAAGCUGACAUUUUAUGCCCUGUCUGCUCCAGAGAAACUGGAUCGCAUUGGUGCCUACCUGUCCGAGCGGCUCAUCCGAGAUGUGAGCCGGCACCGAUACGGGUAUGUGUGUAUUGCCAUGGAGGCUCUCGACCAGCUCCUUAUGGCCUGCCACUGCCAGAGCAUCAACCUCUUUGUGGAGAGCUUCCUGAAGAUGGUGGCAAAGCUGCUGGAGUCAGAGAAGCCCAACCUGCAGAUCCUGGGGACCAACUCGUUUGUGAAGUUUGCCAACAUAGAAGAGGACACUCCAUCUUAUCACCGCAGCUAUGACUUCUUUGUCUCCCGCUUCAGUGAGAUGUGCCACUCCAGCCAUGAUGACCUGGACAUCCGGACAAAGAUCCGGAUGUCUGGCAUUAAGGGCCUACAAGGAGUGGUGAGAAAGACAGUGAAUGAUGAGCUCCAAGCCAACAUCUGGGACCCACAGCACAUGGACAAAAUCGUGCCCUCGCUGCUUUUCAACUUACAGCACGUGGAGGAGUCUGAAAGCCGCUCCCCCUCCCCGCUGCAAGCCACUGAGAAGGAGAAGGAGAGUCCUACGGAGCUGGCAGAGAGGUGUCUGCGGGAGCUGCUGGGCCGAGCAGCGUACGGCAACAUCAAGAACGCCAUCAAACCCGUCCUCAUCCACCUGGAUAACCACUCGCUGUGGGAGCCGAAGAUCUUUGCCACGUGCUGCUUCAGGAUCAUCAUGUAUUCAAUCCAGCCACAGCACUCCCACCUCGUGAUCCAGCAGCUCCUGGGACACCUGGAUGCCAACAGCAAGAGCGCGGCCACUGUGCGCGCAGGCAUUGUGGAGGUCCUCUCGGAGGCAGCAGUGAUUGCGGCCUCUGGAUCUGUUGGCCCCACAGUGCUGGAGGUGUUUAACACCCUGCUGAGACAGCUACGGCUCAGCAUUGACUAUGCAUUGACGGGGAGCUAUGAUUGUGGUGCCGGAGUCAGCACCAAGAUCAUCAAAGAGCAUGAGGAGAGGAUGUUCCAGGAGGCUGUCAUUAAAACCAUAGGGUCCUUUGCCAGCACGCUGCCCACCUACCAGCAGUCUGAGGUGAUGGUCUUCAUCAUGAAUAAGGUGCCACUACCCUCCACGCAGCAGUCCAUCGACGCUGGCAAAGCUGGGGAGAACCGGAAUCGGCUGACACAGAUAAUGCUCCUGAAGUCCCUCCUCCAGGUGUCUGUGGGCUUCCAGUGCAGUAACAUGCUCACGGCACUUCCCAGUGUUUUCCUGGACAGGCUGCUCUCUGCAGCCCUCAUGGAAGAUGCUGAGAUCCGCCUCUUUGUCCUCGAGAUCCUCAUCAGCUUCAUCGAUCGCCAUGGGAACCGGCAGAAAUUCUCCACCAUCAGCACCAUCAGCGACAUCUCAGUCUUGAAGCUGAAAGUGGACAAGUGCUCUCGCCAAGAUACUGUCUUCAUGAAGAAGCAUGGCCAACAGCUCUACCGGCAUAUCUACCUGAUCUGCAAGGAGGAGAGCAAUGUGCAGGCUCACUAUGAGGCUCUUUACAGCAUGCUGAUGCUCAUUAGCAUUGAGUUGGCUAAUGAGGAGGUCAUGGUGGACCUCAUCCGCCUGGUGCUGGCAGUGCAGGAGAUUGCCCAGAUCAAUGAGGAUAACUUGACAGCCUACAACCGCUGUGCACUCUUUGCCCUUGGUGCAGCUUACCUGAACCUCAUCAGCCAGCUCACCACCGUGCCCACCUUCUGCCAGCACAUCCAUGAGGUCAUCCAGAUGCGGCAGAAGGAAGCUCCCUAUCUGCUUCCUGAAGACGUGUUUGUGGAAAGACCCAGGCUGAGCAAGAGCCUUGACCGACUGGGCCCAGAGGUCUUCUUCUGGCAAAGCAAGAUCAGUGAGGUGCUGGGAGGCAGUGGUUACAACUCAGACCGGCUCAGCACACCCUAUGUUCCCCAGCUGACAGAUGAAGAUCGCUUGUCCAAGAGGAAGAGCAUUGGCGAGACUAUUUCCCUGCAGGUCGAGGUGGAGUCGAGGAACAGUCCUGAGCGAGAGCAGAGAGCACCAGCAGAAGAAAUCACGUAUGAGACACUAAAGAAGGCAAUAGUAGACAGUGUAGCCGUGGAGGAGCAGGAGCGGGAACGAAGGCGACAAGUGGUGGAGAAAUUCCAGAAAGCCCCAUUCGAGGAGAUCGCUGCCCACUGCGGUGCCCGGGCAACGCUGCUGCAGAGCAAACUCAACCAGAUCUUCGAGAUCACCAUACGGCCACCACCAAGCCCCUCUGGCACCAUCACAGCUGCCUAUGGCCAGCCCCAAAACCACUCCAUCCCGGUGUACGAGAUGAAGUUCCCGGACCUGUGCGUGUACUGAAGGUGGCCGUGCUGGUAGGGCAGAGCCACUGCUGCACAGCUCGCACCAAAGGACCUCUCGGGGAGAGACUGCUGACCCUGUGGGGAGCACAUCCUCCUGCAGGACGGGUGGGGACACGGACACUGAGGCCACCCCUCAGAUUCGUUGGCACCACAAACCCGUCUUCCGUACUUUAUUCUGUG